AUGUCUCAGCAUCACCCCGGGCACCACCGCCCUCAUCAGCAGAUCCUGAUGGAUCCGGCGCAUCUUGGUGGUCAUCCCGCCGCCCGGCACAUGGGCCAUCAGCCCUCCCACUAUGUCCCGGGCCCCUCGCCACAUGCCGUCGUUGGUCCGCCGUUGUACCCGGCAAUGACACCAACCCAGCCUCAUAGCGCCGGUUCGAAGCGCUCACGCCCGGAUGAUCUCCAACUCUCCAUCCCCGGUAUACCUGAUCUCGAACAAGGCGAUCUUGACCCAAUGGGAUCCUACACACAAUCUGCUGGCGCCGCCCCCACGCAUCAUCACCACCGCCUUCCAGAUCAGGGGCCCCCUUCCAAGAUGAUGAGGCGCGAGGGGGAUGGGAGCAUGAGUGCUGGAGGUGCGCCAAGCGUAGUAGGGCAAGUGGGAAUGCCAACGCCCGCGCCGAGGCCCAGGGGACCGAAACUCAAGUUCAUGCCGGAAGACGAUGCGCUGCUCAUCGACUUGAAGGAGAACAAGAGCUUGACAUGGAAACAGAUAGCCGACUUCUUCCCUGGUCGAUCAUCAGGUACCCUCCAAGUCCGUUACUGCACAAAGCUCAAGGCCAAAAUCACGCAGUGGACGGACGAGACGGACCAAAAGCUGCGGACAGCGCUUCAAGACUACGAGAACGAGAAGUGGCGGUUCGUGUCGAACAAAGUAGGCCCAGGCUUCACUCCCCAAGCAUGUCGAGAGCGGGCUUUAGAGCUGUCUGGUGAAGUCGUUGAGGAUGUCGGGGAAGAGAACUUAUAG